AUGUUCGACGGAGGGAAUAUCAACUCACUCACCGAGUUGGUAAAGUUCGCAAUGGAAAAACUUCAAGAUAUGCUGCUAGUCCUGCUUUGCAACAUCCGAAACAGGCAAACAGACCCUACAGCCUCAUAUGGAGCAUUCUGCGCUACACCCUUAAACUGGGUACAUCUUCCUUAUCCUCUUGAUCAUAAACGGCUCUCACUCAUCCUUGAAAGCUCCAAGCAACCAAAAUCUUGCGUGUCCGAAUCAUUAGCUAGCCCCCGUCAGGAAGCUACCAGCAGAAGACUCGAAGAAUGGAAAUGGUAA